AUCCCACCCUCCGCACUCCGUCCCACCGCGUUCCGGAUAUUCACCAAGAAACAUAACCUGACUUUGAAAUCUGACGCGCUACAAUGUCUGGCGGACUACCUUGGCUCGAAGUUGGGAAGUGAGUGGAGAGUCAAGGGUGAGCUCGUGUUGGAUGAGAUUGCGCGUGCGUGGAAGAGAACGGAGGGGGAUGCACUUGUGAAUGCGGAUGGGCUGAAGAAUGUUAUCAAAGCUGUGGAUGUACCACACCCGGCACGGCCUGUCUCGCUGGCACGAGAUUUGACGGUGCAGGAGGAUGUCAGCAUGGAGGACUCUUCCAGCUCACAGCCAAAUCGUGAUGUCGAUCCGAACCGGUAUUUUGCUGUUGUGGAUGCAUUUAAGCAGCCGAAAUACAUUUACCAUGCUGCCCGUCGACAUUACGAAGCUUCAUCUACACCACCGGCACUCAUCGCCCUGGCAUCCCACCUCCCACAACUCUGGAGGGAACGUUUCGAUAUCAUUCGACAAAGACUGGGACGGAACGAGGCAUUCCAGGCACCGACAUUCUCGGGAGGAAGGGAGAAGAAUUCGUACUACAAGAUCACAAGCAUCAAGAACCUCCUAGGAAGACACGGGCAGGAGUUCAUGAUUUACGGCAUGUUGACAUUGGGUGCCGAAGGCCGUUACUGGCUCGAGGACGGUGACGACAGAGUCCUCCUCGAACUCAGCGAAACCAUCCCCGGACCCGGCUUCUUCACCCCCUCCAUGAUGGUCCUCGUCGACGGAACCUACACCAACCGAGGCACCUUUCAGCCCCUCUCUCUCGGCCACCCACCAAUAGAGAAGCGUGCGAUCUCGAUGCAAAACUUCGGACACGUCGACUUCCUUGGCGUCGGUUUCGAGAAAGAGUUUGAGUCGCACAUGAUCCGCGCCGAACACCGCUUUCCGAACCUAAAGUGGGUGUUUGCGGGUGAGUCGCCACUUGAUAAUCCUCAGACCCUGAAAUCACUCGCAGCACUAUUCACUUACUACGAAGAGCGCGCCGAUACGAAUGGGGUACCGCAAGCUAUUGUCUUGACGGGGUCGUUUACUUCGCAGCCUUUCCAUAACACUGGACAAUCCCGCUCCUACAAAUCACUCUGGGACGCACUCGCGCGUUUGCUAUCAGACUACCCGACCCUCUGUGUCCAAACUCACUUCAUCUUUAUCCCAGGCCCUAACGACCCAUGGGCAGGCGCGGCGAGCGGAGGCGGAGCAUCCUCGCUCCCUCGUGGUAAAAUCAGCGAGUUCUUCACGGGGCGGGUACGGAGGGCCGUCAAGAGCGUCACGUUCGCGACGAAUCCCGUGAGGUUGAGUUGGUUUACGCAGGAGGUUGUGGUGUUUAGGGAUGACGCCCUCGCCCGUCUUCGUCGAAACCAAGUACGAUUCCCUGCUGUGCUCAAGACGGCAGCAUCAACAGAGGACGACGUCACUAUGGCCGAAGCCGAAGACGAUCAGGAGGAGGCGGAUACAGACUUCGACGCCUGCAGAAAUCUCAUUCGCACCCUCCUAGACCAAUCCCACCUAUCCCCCCUCCCCCUCUCCACACGCCCCGUCGCAUGGGAUUUCGACCACACCCUCCGUCUCUAUCCCAUGCCCACCGCACUCGUCCUCGUGGACUGUAGUGCACCGACGUGGGAGGUGACGUAUGAGGGGUGUCCGACGUUUAAUCCUGGUUCGGUGAGUGUU